AUUAACCCCAUGAUCCAUGAGUUAUCUUACCAAUUUAUCCGUAUUAAUUUAUCUUGUAAACCUUUCUCCGUUUUAUUUAGUUAGAAAUUAGUAACUGUUUAAUAUAUACUAUUUUAUGUCAUGGUCCGCUUCAAAAACAGAUAUCUCACAGUGGCUAUUUCAUCUCCAUCAGUGCCCAAUGAGAAGCCUUUGGGCCUAAGAUCUGGGGUAUUUCAUGAAGCAGUUUUAGACAAAAUUCAACAAUUACAUGGAGAUUUCGGAGUAGCUGCUGUCAGAUCAGGCUUUUUAGCAAAAUAUUGCAAUGAAAAUACCAGAAUUGGCAUUCUUCGAGCAAGACAUGGACCACAUAGAUUUGUGUCUACGAGCCUACCAUUCAUUACUAAGAUUGGUAAGCUAGACGUAACUCUACAGACACUUCAUGUAGGAGCCACUCUAAAGCACAGCUUCAAAUUCAUACAAAAGUAUCAAAGGGCAUAUUUGGAUUCAAUGUGGCACAGUUUGAAAACUGAUGAGGAAAAAAGAAAACUGGAAUUAGCUGUUAUGGAUUUUACUAAGACUGAUGUUACACUUAACUUAGAAAAAAUGACAUAAAUACAAAAUUUUCAACAAUAAAA